AAGAGCCAACGAGGAUUCCUUCUUGUUUAACAAGCUUGGAAGGGAGGGAGCAGCCAAGUGACCACUUGUCCUUGGCAGGGGGCUGCGUGUUUUGAGUGCAUUUGGCAGAGUUUUGGUGUUCUGACUCAGCAAAUGGUAACAAAGGGAGGAUGGCGAAGCCUUCCUUUAUUCCAUAAUCCUGUUUGCUUUUCUGGAAAUCGGCUAUAGCCUCAGAAUCACUGACUCAAUUUUUGGAUCCUAUUCUCAUGACAAAGCGGCUGUCUGGUUUAAAACAAGCCCGUUAUAAAAAGGGCACCUCGGAUCCUGGCUGUUUGUAACAGCUGCUGACGUUCCUCCGGCACAGGGGAGCUUGGCUGGAACGGAAAAUGUCCAGAGCUGGAACCAAGGUCACCUUCUAUGAAGACAAGAACUUCCUGGGCCGUUACUACGAGUGCGACAGCGACUGCCCCGAUUUCCACAGCUACCUGAGCCGCUGCAACUCCAUCCGUGUGGAUGGAGGCACCUGGGUGGCCUACGAGAGGCCCAACUAUGCUGGGAACAUGUACGUGCUGACCCACGGGGAGUACCCCGACUACCACCACUGGAUGGGCCUCAACGACCGCCUGGGCUCCUGCAAGUACAUCCAGAUCCCAAGUGGAGGCCGAGGCCACAUCCAGGUGUUUGAGAAGGGAGAUUUUGGCGGGCAGAUGUUCGAAGCCACCGAAGACUGCCCCUCCAUCAUGGAGGAGUGGCACAUGCGUGAGGUGCACGCCUGCAGGGUGCUGGAGGGCGUCUGGGUGUUCUACGAGCACCCCAACUACCGGGGCCGGCAGUACGUGCUGCCCAAGGGGGAGUACCGCAAGCCCGUGGAGUGGGGCGCGGCCAGCCCCGCCGUCCAGUCCUUCCGCAGCAUCUCCGAGUGAGCCAGCCCCGUGCUGGGCUGCUACAGCCCCCAAUAAAGCAACUGAGUCGCUCA